AUGCUGAGGUCUGAUGCGUGCCACCUCAAUGGCCUAUCAGAGAAGGGCAUGUGGCGCAAGGAGGAGUGUCCGAAGGACAGAGGGGGAUACUUCAUUGUGAAGGGCAUGGAGAAGGUGAGAAAGGGAGAUUUCUUAUUCCACUCGGAGGAGUGUCCCAAGGACAGCGGGGGAAACUUCAUUGUGAAGGGGAUGGAGAAGGUGAGGAGGGAGAGGGAUGGUGAAGGGAAGGUGGUCAUUCCCCAGCUCGUGCGAGCACCCAACACCAUCCUAGUCGAGCCGGCACCUCCCCUUUCAUCCCUUUUCCCUGCCCUCUUCCCCUUUCCAACAGGUGGUCAUUCCCCAGCUCGUGCGAGCACCCAACACCAUCCUAGUCGAGUCGAGCCGGCACCUCCCCCUUCCGGCCUUGUCUCUCUAUCAUUCCUUCUCCCCACCUCUGCUCCCCCUGUACACCCACAGGUGGUCAUUCCCCACCUCGUGCAAGCACCCAACACCAUCCUCGUCGAGCCUGCACCUCCCCUGUCCGCUUCUGCUGCUGCCAGAGCUGCCUCGAUGGGCGGCGGGGCAGCAGAAGGGGCGGGAGCGUGGAGGGACGAGUGGGUGGCGUCCGUUGUCUCUACUGAGGACGAUAUGGGAGGGCUCAAGGCAGGGCCACGGGCAAAAACAAGCUCAGCACCUGCAACUGCCAUGUCAGCUGCAGCAGCUGCCACGUCAGCAACCAGCGCAAGCGCUUCCCGCAUCCUUCAAAUCCAUCUCCCAUAUUUCAGCUGCCCGGUUAAUCUCUUCCUCUUCCUUCGUGCCCUGGGAGUUCGGUCAGAUAAGGAAAUAUUUGAAAUGAUUCUCGGGCACCCACUGAAAGAAAGUGAGGGCAUGGUGGGGGCAGGGGAAGAGAGGGGAGGGAAGGGGGCCGAUAGUGUGGGGAGAGGGAUGGAAAGAAAGGCGGGAUUAGGAGAAGAGGAGGAGGGUGGUGAGGGAGAGGAGGGAAAGCAGGAGGGAGAGGAGGAGGGGGAGAGGGGUGCGUGGUUCAAGGCCAAGAGACACAAGAGAGCAGCGAAUGUCAUUGUCAUAGAUGACAGUGAUGAUGAUGCUGAUGGUGUAGCAGCUGCUGCUGCCGUUGCUGGUGGUGGUGGUGGGGAUUCUACUGAUGAUGCUGAUGGGGGAAUGGGAGGAGAAGGUGAGAAGGAGGGAGGAAAGAGGGAAGGAGGGAAGCGCGAAGGAGGGAUGGAAGGAGGGAUGGAAGGAGGAGAGGAAGCGCAAGCACUGAUGAGGCGGCAGCAGGAGGUGCUGCAGCUGCUGCAGCACACGUGUGAAGAGAACCGGAGUAGCAACCAACAGGCGCCUCUUGCCGCUCUCGAGUCUCUGACUCACAACAACAAGCUCUCUGCAUUGGACCUCCCGGCCAAUGACAUGCUGCCACAUGCUGCGCUUGCUUCUCUGGAGUCUCUGACUCACAACAACAAGCUCUCUGCAUUGGACCUCCCGGCCAAUGACAUGCUGCCACAUGCUGCGCUUGCUUCUCUGGAGUCUCUGACUCACAACAACAAGCUCUCUGCAUUGGACCUCCCGGCCAAUGACAUGCUGCCACAUGCUGCGCUUGCUUCUCUGGAGUCUCUGACUCACAACAACAGGCUCUCUGCAUGGGAGCUUCUGGCCAAUGACAUGCUGCCACAUGUCGCCUCCGGCCCCGCCUCUCUCCCUGCCAAGGCACAGUUUGUUGCUUACAUGGCUCGAAGGCUCUGCUCCACCUGUCUUGGAUAUACCCCUCCGCCGGCUCUAGCAACUGGAAACUGGCACCGGCCCGGGAGCUACGGCCGAGCCAAAGGCGGCAGGUUCGGCAGCGGCAGCCAGGGCAGGUUCGGCGGAGGGUGGUAUGGGACGAGCAGCAGCAGUCUGCAUGCGAGUGAGCCACUCAACCGGCUGUCUGCUGCGGCGGCACUGUCACAGCUCAGGAGGAUGGAGGUGCCUUCCCAUCGAUCCAACACCUCUGCUGCUGCAAGACAGAUCCAUGCGACUUCUUUUGACCGCAUUUGCGCGCUUGAAACCCCCAAGUCCGAGGCGAUAGGUUUCUCCCUCAACCUAGCCCUUGCUACCUGCGUCUCUAAAGAACCCCCCUCUGUAAUUCCCCUUUCCGCCCCCCUCUCCUCACCCCCUUCUCCCCCACCCCAUCCCAGCCAUGCGACAUUCUUUGGUCGCAUCUGCCCGUUGGAAACCCCCAAGUCCGAGGCGAUAGGUUUCUCCCUCAACCUUGCCCUUGCUACCUGCGUCUCUGGGGAAGGGGGAGAGGAGGAGGAAGAGAAAAAGGCAGAAGAAGAGGAAGGAGAGGGCGUGGGCGGGCAAGGGGGAGGAGCAGGGAAGGCAGAUGGGGGAGGAGGGAAUGAGGGAGGGGGACAGCAAGGAAGGGCAGGGACCAACGCUGGUGCUUGUGGUGGUGGUGAUACUCAUGCCAGAGCGGUUGAGAGUGGUGAUGAUGAGGACGUUUGGGCUUUGGAUGAUAUUGUUGACGGUGCUGACAAGCUUUUUGCUUCGGAGAACCGAGAGGGGAACGGAGAGGGAAACCGAGAGGGGGAGCGGAAGGGGCGUGAGGAGAAAGGUGUGGGGAUGGAUGGAUCCAAGGAGGGCCAUACAGGAUCGGAUGUGAGAGGUGACGUGUCGUUUGGUGAUUGGUGGCUGGUGAAGGAGCUGCAGACACGUGGCAUGGUCUUACUGGAGCAUUUAACAGAGAGGAACAAGGGUGAAGGAGGAGGAGCAAGGAGGAGAAAUAAGGGUGAGGGAGGAGGAGGAGGAGGAGGAAGAGGAGGAGGAGGAGGAGGAGGAGGAGGAGGAGGAGGAGGAGGAGGAGUGUGGGUGAAUGGGCGGCCAGUCGGGUGGCAUGCUGACCUGGCAGAGCUGACUAGGCAGCUGAGGAGGAAAAGACAAAAGGGCGCCAAGAGAUACAGAGAACUCGGCAUGGCCUAUCACCCCGCCUUGCACUCCCUGGACCUCGCCUCCUCCCAUCUCAACGUGGUCACCAUGCAUUUGACUCAUCUGGGCAUGGCCUUUCACCCCGCCCUGCACGCCCUGCACCUCGCCUCCUCCCCUGGUCGCAUCCUCCGCCCCUUGCUGCUGCAACAGCCACCCAUCGACCUGCCGCACAGUACCAGCAGCAGCAGCAGCAGCAGCAGCAGCAGCAGCAGCAGCAGCAGCAACAGCCACACGUGGGAGCAGGCAUGGCAGGGCAUGCUCGCAGCAGGAGCAGUAGAGUACGUAGAUGCAGCAGAGGAGGCGGCUAACUGCAACCCUGUUCCAGCAGAACCGCUCCUUGCUGCUGAACAGCACAGCCUGGGACUCGUCGUGUCAAGCCCAUGGGAUGAAAACGGAGCAGCACGGAGUGCUAGGCAGCAAUCCCCAGACUCUACUCUGUCUCUGUCAUCCUUUCUUCAAGACUCGCCUGGUUGGGAUGCAUCUGCUCGCUACUCCCACGUGGAGAUUCAUCCGGAGCUGGUGUUUGGAGUGAUUGCGUCGGCUCUGCCUUUUGUGAAUCACAAUGGCGUCUCUCGCAGCACUGGUGCAGCCCACAUGUUCAAGCAGGCCAUGGGCGUGCCAGCGUACAACCUCCCCCAUCGCUCCGAUCGCACGCUCUUCACUCUUCAUUACCCGCAGCGGCCGCUUGUUGCCUCCAGAAUUGCUGAGCUCGCCAGUGGCCUUUCAGACUUCCCCAAUGGGCAGAAUGCCAUUGUCGCCGUGAUGAGCGCUGGAUACAACCAGGAGGAUGCAUUGAUCAUCAACCAGGCGUCAGUUGACAGAGGGCUGUUCGGCAGCACCACCUUCAGAAGCUUCGUGGAAGAGGAGGGCAAGGCUGGUCGGGGCAAGGUGGAAGUGACCUGGAGCGAUAAUGAUGCUGGUGCUGCUGGUGCCGGUGCUUCUGCUGGUGGCACUGCUGCUGCUGGUGCUGGUGGUGCCAGUGCUGCUGGUGCUGGUGCUGGUGGUGCCAGUGCUGCUGGUGCUGGUGGUGCCAGUGCUGCUGGUGCUGGUGCUGGUGGUGCCAGUGCUGCUGGUGCUGGUGCUGGUGGUGCCAGUGUUGCUGCUGGUGCUGGUGGUGCGACUUCUGAGGCGCCUCGAAAGGCGGCUGCAGGGAAGGCUGGGCGUGCGGGGUGGGAUGCGGAUGGUCUUACUGAUAGUGAUGAUGAUGUUGGUGGUGCUGGUGCUAGUGGUGGUGCCAAUGGUGGUGAUGGUAGUGCCUUUGCUGGUGAUGGUGAUAGGCAGAGUAGAGGAAAGAGAGGGAGAAAAGGCGAGGGACGACCUCUGCGAGCUAAGGCGGAGCCGAUAGAUCUUACGCAAGAUGAUGAUAAUGCUGACGUGGCGAUGGCGCAGGCUGACGAGAAGGAUGCCACGUGGCAAGAUGAUGAGGAUGUGGCGGCCAAGCAAGAUGAUGACGUGGCAGUGAAUCAAGCGACGGGUGGAUGGGGGGAGCAAGGAGGGUCAGGGUCAGCAGGAGAAGGAGGAAGAGAAGAAGCAGCAGCAGCAGGGUGGGGUGAGAGGAGUGAGAAGGAGGGGGGUGGGAAUGGUGGGUGGGGCGGAAGUGAGAGGGCGGAGGGUGGGGUUGGUGGAUGGGGUGAGGGUCAUGGUGCUGCUGCUGCUGCUGCUGCUGCUGCGGAUAACAGUGAUGGUGUUGGUCGUGCUGGUGCUGCUGAUGGUGGGGAGGAUGGGGAUGGUGCGUGGGGUGGUGGUAAUGGUGAUGGUGAGGGUGGUGAUGGUGAUGGUGCUGUUGCUGCCGCUGGUGUGGAUAACAGUAAUGCUGUUGGUCGUGAUGACGAGUGGGGGAGUGGCGCUGCUGAUACUGCUGCUCGUAGGGAUGGUGGGGAUGGUUGGGGUGGUAAUGCGGGUGGGAGUGGUGAGGGUGAUGGUGAGGGUGGUGGUGGGAGUGGUGAGGGUGAUGGUGGGGGUGGUGGUACUGGUGAGGGUGGUGGAUGGGGUAAUGAGGAGGAUACAGGAAGAGUAGGAGGAGGAGCAGCAGCAAUGGCAGUAGCAGAAGAAGAAGCAGGGGGGUGGGGUGCAAGUGACAAGGAGAGGGACGCGGGUGGCGGGAUGAAUAACAGUGAAGGAGGGGUCGGAGGGGAAGGAGAGGGAGGUUGGGGUCUUGCUGCUGGUGCUAUUGGCGCUGAUAAUGGUGGUGCUGCUGGUGACUUUGGUGCGGAUACUGCUGGUGUUGCUGGUCGUGGUGGUGGGUUGAGUGGCAGUGGAGAAGGGGGAGGAGGGGGAGGGUGGGGUGCUGCUGGUGACGAUGGUGGUGAUACUGCUGGUGUUGCUGGUCGUGGUGGUGGGUGGGGGAAUGGUGCUGCUAAUGCUGCUGAUGCUGGUGGUGGGGGUGGUUGGGGUGAGGAGGGUGGAGAGGAGGAGGAUAGAGGAAGAGAGGGAGGAGCAGCAACAGCAGAAGCAGUGGGCUGGGGUGCAAGUGACAAGGAAGGGGACGAUUGUGGAGGGUUAAAUGGCAGGGUGGGCGGAGGAGGGGGUCGGGGUGGUGAGGAGGAGAAUAGUGGAAGAGAGGGAGGAGGAGCAGCAGCAACACAAGCAGGGGGGUGGGGUGCAAAUGAUAAGGAGGGUGACGAGGGUGGUGAGUUGAAUGGCAGUGGGGGAGGGGGGCGAGGGGAAGGAGAGGGAGGAUGGGGGGGAGGGGGAGGAGAGGAAGGAGGGGGAGGAAGGGAAGGAAGGGGAGGAGGAGGAGGUGGGGGAGGUUGGGGUGGUACGGGUGAUGCCGUAGGUGGUGGUAGUGCUGGUGGUGGGGGUGGUUGGGGUGGUGCAGGUGCUGCAGCUGGUGGUGGUGCUGCUGGUGAGGGUGGGGGUGGUUGGGGCAGUGAUGGUGCUGCUCGUAAUGGUGGUGCUCGUGGGAGUGGUUGGGGUGAUGGUGCUGCCGCUGGUGAUGGUGCGGGUGGUUGGGGUGGUGCUGCUGCUGCGGGUGAUGCUGCUGCUGGUGGUAGUGCUGCUGGUGAGGGUGGGAGUGGUUGGGGUGGUGCUGAUGCUGCUGCUGGUGGUGGUGGGAGUGGUUGGGGUGGUAGGGGUGAUGGUGCUGAUGGUGCUGGUGGUUGUGGGGGUGGUUGGGGUGGUGAUGCUGCCGCUGGUGGUGGUGGGAGUGGUUGGGGUGGUGAUGCUGCCGCUGGUGGUGGUGGGAGUGGUUGGGGUGGUGAUGCUACCGCUGGUGGUGGUGGGAGUGGUUGGGGUGGUACGGCUGAGGGUGCUGAUGGUGCUGGUGAUGGUGGGGGUGGUUGGGGUGGUACGGGCGAUGCUGCCGCUGGUGUUGGUGGGAGCGCUGGGAGAGAGGGGAUGGGCGAUGGGGGAGGGGCAACAGGAGAGGCGGUUGGGGGAGCAGGUGACGGGGGAGGGGGGAUGGGCGAUGGGGGAAGGGGGAUGGGUAAUGGGGGAGGGGGGAUGGGUAAUGGGGGAGGUGGGACAGGAGAGGAGGUUGGGGGAGCAGCGGCAGGGAGGACAGGGGAGGAGGUUGGGGGAGCAGCGGCAGGGGGGACAGGGGAGAAGGUUGGGGGAGCAGCGGCAGGGGGGACAGGGGAGGAGGUUGGGGGAGCAGGGGCAGGAGGGACAGGCGCAGUGGAGGGGGCAACGGGAAAGAAGGCGGCAGGGAUUAGGGUUUACUGUAGCUCGGGCGUAGGGGGAGGAAGCGCGGGGGUGUGGGGGAGGAGUGUGGCGGAUCGAGGUGUGUUUGGAGGGAGGGAGAGAGCUAUUCUGAUUGGCCACGUGGCGGCUGGGCCGCCCUGCCUGACUGCCACAGGGGAGGAGGAAAAAGUGCGUAAUCUCAUGGUGUCUCAGGUGGAGGGGGGAGGUGGCAUAGUGGAUGCUGCUCGCAUGGACACGGACAGUCAUGGCACGCGGCUGGGGAGGGUGAGUCUCACCCUCUCACGCGAGUCUGGGGUUGUGACAGUCAGUCUCUGGGUGGAAGGGGGAGGCGGAAUAGUGGACGCUGCUCGCAUGGACACGGACCAGUCACGCCAUGCGACAUGGCAGUCAUGGUGUGUGGCAGUCUCAAUCACAGGGUGA